AUGAAGUCCGGAGAAAGUCCAGUGAAGUCCGAAGGACUUCCGGAGGAGCGUGGGAAACUUCGGAAGGACUUUCCGGACGAGUGCGAGAAACUUCCGGAUGAGUGCGGGAAACUUCCGGAGGAACUUCCGGAAAUUACGAUGGAGUUUCGUCCUGACGGGGAUAUGUGUAAUGGCUACUCAGGACGAGUCCUGAGUAGAAGGAAACAGAGGAAAGGCUGCAAGGACAAACAUGCCGAGCCAUCUAGGAAGUUGGAUUUGGUUCCCCGGGCCUACACAACGACUGACCACCUUCUUUACAUCAAAUAUGAUUGGCCCACCCUUGGCAUUCAGAAAACAACAGCCUUUCUCGCUGAGUUUCCCCAGGGACGCAGCCCCAUUGACAUCGCUGUCGCUCUAUCACAGCUCUUUCAGCCCUUUCAAACCUCCAUGAUUUCCCCAGCGUUCAACAACUAUCACCCAUUCCAGCCACCUCUUGUUGUCCCAGAGCCAGAGCCUCCUGUGUUUGACACACUCCCGUUUGGACGAACCCUGAUUGUCCCUGAGGUACUUCCAGUGGUGGAUUCCCGUGAUCCUUCUGUGAACAUGACUAGUUGCACGACGAAUCUCGACGAUGUCACACAACCUGAAGUGCAGCAAGCAGACGGUCCAGACACACUAAGCAUCAUUCAAGAGCAGUAUCCCCAGUGGAAAAUAGUCCUCAUUCGCUUGAGGGUCGAGAUGACAUCCGACGUUGCCCUUGGAAAACCCAUCAAUCUGUUCUUACUCACACAAGUGAAUUACUGCAAGGAAAGGGUACAAUUUGUCCACGAGCUCUUCCAACAAAGCCUCGCUGCGGUCGGGAUAAGUCGCACAGCUCUGGAUCGUGUCAUAUCACUCGAUGGCCAUACCCAUAUUUUGGAAGAUACUAUAUUGGGGAUGGUCGGUAAAUGGUUGUCUGCCCUUCUGUCUCUCAUGAAACGGGCAGCUACCAUUGCAAUCGCAGAUGGCGGACUGAUGACCAAUUUUACCCUUCAAAACCCAUGCCCCUUCGCCUUACAGAGUGAAAUGUGUUCCACGUGUGUACAAUUGAUGAACAUGUUCAUCUCUCCCAACUCAACCUGUUUCCCGAUUGCCACUAACGAUUUUGUGCGGUUCCUUUGCAUGAGCAUUGCGAAAUCACUCGUUUACUAUCUGGUAUACCAGCCCUCUAAAUCGGCCAAUGUGACGAGGAUUAUGGCUGAUAUCAACUGCCCUGUCUUCAGGGACGCCUCACACCUGCCCCCGGCGACGUUAGCGUUUGCAGGGGUCUGCUGUUACAGUGCCCUAUUGUCCUAUCUGAUAGAUAUAGUCAAGACAGGGGGAGUCGACAUUGACUUGUCACAGUUCCCUUGUGUUAGCGAGGUUUAUGACGAACUUCUCGGAAUGGCUACGGUCCUCUUCGCACAGGAAGACGACCUAGAACUCCCAGUACUCCGGGUUUACCUCGCAGAGUUUUGUAACCUGAGGAAGACUGACAUGGUCAAGAUCGCCCGCCACAAAUAA